GUACAAGUCCUUAUGCCCAGACACCUGGCCGCACUGGCACGGGCCUCCAGCAGAGGGCGUGGAACGGCUGAUCAACUACAUCGGCUACAAACCUGAGGAAUACAAGUUAGGCAAAACCAAAAUAUUCAUUCGUUUCCCCAGAACUCUGUUUGCUACCGAAGAUGCCUUGGAAUUUUGUAAACAUCAACUAGUUGCAAGAAUCCAAGCCACAUACAAAAGCUGCCUAGGAAGGAGAGAAUAUGUGAAAAAAAGACAAGCAGCCAUCAAACUGGAAGCCCACUGGCGUGGGGCUCUGGCUCGGAAGGCAAUCCAAAGGAGAAAGUGGGCCGUGCGGAUUAUCAGAAAGUUCAUCAAGGGAUUCAUCAGUCGCAACAAACCCCUCUGUCCUGACAAUGAGGAAUUUAUCGUGUUUGUGCGGAAGAAUUACAUCUUGAAUCUCCGGUAUCACCUUCCAAAGACUGUCCUGGACAAGAGCUGGCUGAGACCUCCUGGCAUCUUGGAAAAUGCAUCAGAUCUGCUCAGGAAAAUGUGCGUGAGGAACCUGGUGCAGAAGUACUGCCGGGGGAUCACAGCUGAGCGGAAAGCAAUGAUGCAGCAAAAGGUAGUUACAAGUGAAAUCUUCAGGGGAAGGAAAGACGGCUACACAGAAAGUUUAAAUCAACCCUUUGCCAACAGUCGGAUAAAUGAAGGAGACAUUAAUCCCAAAGUGCUUCAGCUAAUUAGCCAUGAGAAGAUCCAGGGCUUCAAAGCACGGCAGCGGCAACUCAUUCUUACUCAGAAAGCAGCUUACGUGGUGGAACUUGCCAAAAUCAAGCAGAAAAUAGAGUACUCAGCUCUCAAAGGUGUCUCCACCAGCAAUCUGAGAGACGGAAUCUUAGUCAUUCAUGUUUCACCAGAGGACAAGCAAAAGGGGGAUGCCAUUUUGCAGUGUGGACACAUGUUUGAAGCAGUUACUAAACUCGUCAUGCUGGUUAAGAAGGAGAACAUUGUCAAUGUUGUUCAAGGAAGUUUACAGUUUUUUAUUAGUCCGGGAAAAGAAGGCACAAUAGUUUUCGACACUGGACCGGAAGAACAAAUCUAUAAAAAUAAAAAUGGACAAUUAACAGUGGUGUCGGUCAGGAGGAAGUCCUGA